GAUGAUCUGUCGACUAUCCAACUAUCAAAAUGAUGUGGCCUUCAAAUGGUUUGGUGUUGGUGAUUCAAACAACAUGUAGACGAUGUCUGGUGUAAUGAAAUCGGUAUUUUAUAAUGCACCUGACAGACAAAAGACAAUAUAAUUUCUGUAAUAAUGACUAAUCUCAUCCAAGCAGCUUUUCAAAAGAAAAAGACAACCCAUUGUUAUUAGUUCCUGGCAUACAGCUUCAUAUGACUGAGAAUAAUGGAUUUGUGGAACAAUUCAUGACAUUAGAUCCUUUAUUUCUUUAAUAUGGAAAUGUGAAUUAGCAGGAGAAAAGGGAAGAGAAUUUAUAACUUUAUGGCUGUAUAUAUUUUUGUUAUGUACAGACCUAGUUUUGAUUAUAAUAGCAUGUCUUUUGGAGUUGUUCCUGUGGCUUAAAGAAGCAUCCGAUUAAGUUGACCAUGUCACAAUCCGUUUUUCACGUCAGUAAUACAGAAUCUUCUUUAAACAGUGAUGUACAGGGCUGUUAUGAAGCCAUGUCAGCAUUCAGCUUGUUUAGUCAUCAGUUUGAUGGGGCUGGUUCUCAUCUUAUGCAGUCUAUUGCUCAAGCUAUGCAAGGCACACCAUACCAACAUGUAGCAGACGACUGUGUCAAGAAUUUCAAUGAAAUUUUUAUGGCACGACAAACAUUGAAGGGAUUUGAACAAUAUAAAACUAUGGAGACUGCUUUAUUUACAUUGAAAAGUCAUUUAGAUGCUGGGAAUCGUAAAGACCUUUCUAAAAUCUAUGCUCAGACAUUUUUUCACAUUCUUCUCCAGUUUGUUCAAAUGCAGAACAAUUACUAUAAUUUUUGCCAUGAAAAGAUUGUUGCACUUGUAUCCAGACUCAAUCCUAAGAAAGAUGGUGACAUGUGCAAGCAAAAAUCUCUGGAUAGUGUUGAUAGUCCUUCAAAAGAAAAGUCAGUUUUAAUAGACAGUCACAACCCCAAAACACCCAAAUCCCAAUCACCAAAGCAUCAACCGCCUGGAAAUUUGAAGUCAUCAUUUUUCUCUUUCUUUGAGAAGAAGUCUGUAGCAAGAGAUAAACAAAGUGCCUUCUAUGUUGAUGUUCAAGAAGAGAAAGUUGAUUAUAAUGGUGGUGGAGGUGUAGCAGAGGGUAAUUUAACUAAUCCUCCUCCACCUAUAAUAACAUGUGAUGAUACUUCUGCUCAAGCUCAUAAUACAAGUUUUCUCUCAUCUUCCAGUCCUAAUACUACAAAUAGUUCUGUGCCAAUCGACCUUGCCUCUGAAGAAGAAAUUGACAGUGUUAUAAAUUUAUUAUCUGGAGUAGGUGUCCAGUCUUCCAAUAAUACCAUGCAGGCUAUUCCUGAAAAUCAGAUUCAAUUAACAGUUCCGCAAUUAUACAGAAUGCCAAGUCCAGCGUCAGAUUCACAUAUUGAACUAAAGCCUCCCCAUUUCCAAAUGCAUCGGCGGAGCGAGGGGAGUCUUGAUCUUCCGUCAAUGCAAAAAAAUAUCUGGAACCCCCCACUUCAUAGGAGCAGUUUACCUGGUGUUAAUUGUGGUAUUCCACGUCCGUUUAUAGAUAAUAAUAAUAUAAACAUGGGCAGUAACUUCAGCAGACGAUAUUCUCACGACCUUCAUGUGCCCUUGAGAUCAAGUUCACCAUAUGUGCCCGCCACUAAUCAACUAUGGCCUGGGCCUGGUUCUCAGUGGUUAACACCUACCAUGAAUAAUACUUGGUUAUAUAAUAAUGCUAGUAAUACUCAUGGAUCUGAUACUAUGAACAGUAGCUGGUCUGGUGUUCAAGAUUCAAGUGAUAUAAGUGAUGAUGAUUCAUGUGGUGAACAGUUUUUUGCUGUAGGACAAGAUCUAGUUCAAGCAUUAGAUUCUAAGUACCGAGACCAUAGUAGUGAUGAGGAAAAGGACAAAGGAGAUAAUUCUGCUAUAAAUAAUAAGAAGAAAAUGAGUAAUACAUGGCCACUUCCACAAACAUGGGAAAAUGUUGCGACCAGAAUGAUCGAACCUGGGGGUGAAUUUGUCCAGUUACCCAAUGAAGAUCAGAUGACACAUCGUCCUGUACAGAUGCAGUGGAGUGAUCCUAUGUCAACACAUAGCAUGUGGCCCUCAAACCCUCCAGGUGUGCCACAGCAAAGACAUUCACAGAGUAUGCAAGGUUUUAGUCUAUAUCAAUGAAAACCAGAUUUUGUAUAAUGGUAGAAUACAAGAAUUCAUCAUAGAGGAUAUAAUUUGAAGGAUUUUUAUUAUAUUAAAAAAUUAUGGGAUACCAUAUGAUGAUGGUCGUUGUCAUACAUCUUUAUUAUGAAAUCACAGUCACAGAUUUUCCAAAUCUCAGCCAAGUUUUUGUAGAUUCCUGUUCAAGUUUUGAUUCAUUACUCAAACUAGUCAAACAAUUUAAGGAUUGAUCUGUUUAGUAUUUAUUUCUUCCACAAAUUAUUGCCCCUUUUCCAUCGGCUGAUUGGCUGUGUUAGCUUACAUGUAGUUUAGUGCGGACAUGUUUACCAGGCUCAAAAGUCCCAAAGGAUAUCAAAUUUGCAAAUAUUUCUCACUAAUUUAAGGGAUAUUACAUGAUAUUUAUAAAUCUGUUAAAUAUUUUUGAGUAUUAGAUAUUUAACACACCAAAGAACUGUGGUGAUGUAAUGCCAUUCAUUAGUACUCAAAGUUAAUUUUACUACCAAACUUUAAAUCGCAAUUGAAAUGUAAUUAUAAUUCACAUUAUUUGAUGUAUACACAUUGAUUCCUCCACCCACUAUUUACUGUAUACAUUUUAAUUCCUACAUCUACUAUUUACUGUAUACACAUUGAUUCGUAUACCCACUAUUUACUAUAUACAUAUUAAUUCCAACAUCUACUAAUUACUGUAUACACAUUGAUUCCUCCACCCACUAUUUACUGUAUACACAUUGAUUCCUCCACCCACUAUUUAAUGAAUACAUAUUAAUUCCUAUAUCUACUAUUUACUGUAUACACAUUAAUUCCUACAUCUAAUAAUUACUGUAUACACAUUGAUUCCUCCACCCACUAUUUACUGUAUACACAUUGAUUCCUCCACCCACUAUUUACUAUAUACAUAUUAAUUCUAACAUCUACUAUUUACUGUAUACACAUUGAUUCCUUUACCUACUAUUUACUAAUAUAGCCAAUAGCUGAUGAGAAAUAUUUAUCAAGUCGAUUUGGUAAUAAAUGAUAUUAUAAGUCAGGUGAUAUCAUGCCUAUUGUUUUAUUGUUGUCUUGUAAAAUGUAUCAUAAGUUGAUAUUUGUUUAUCUCAUAAGGAAAUUUUAUUGAUACACCUUUACUUCAUUGUCUGUUAAAGAUAUAGGUAGAAUAUUUAUUGUUAUUUAAGGUUAAGGAUAAUUUUAAAAGUUGUAUAUUUUAUUUGAUCUCAUUAUUUAGUCAUAUUGAUUUAUAUAUACAAAUCAAGUAAUAAUACUCCCAAACCAUUUACAUGCCAAAGAACUUUUCAGAGAAAUUGUGAGCAUUAGUCCAAAGUAUAACAAUUUUAUCAAAUUUGAAUAAUGUAAUGGUAAUGUUAAGAAUAUGUAAUGUCGUAAUUACUCUACAAGAAACUGUGAGGGGAGAAAUUAUUGUGUGUAUUUGGAAUGAAAGCAAACCCGUUUCUGUAUCAUUAUAGUUUUGUUAUCUUCAAAGGUUUAAAUGAUUUUUAUCACCAACAGAUUUCUAGAUAUAAUUUAACGAUGAAAAUAGAAGAUAAUGUUGCCAUGCAUACUGACAUUAAUUAUGUGUUAUAAUAAAUAACCACUGAUAUAAUUAAUUUCUUGGUUACCUUAAUUCUUUUAAAGUAGACCAGUGACCCAUUUCAUGAAGUGUACAUACUGUUCAAAGUCUAACUUGUGCUUUGUUAAAUAAGGUCAAUCGACUUAUAAUAUUGAUAUAUUUAAGUUUUGUAGCAAUUCCUUCUUAUUGAUCGAUGAAGGAUAUUUCUCCAAAUUAAUGUCUUAAGAUCAAACUAGGAUUAUUUUUCAACAUUAGGCCUAGGUUAGGUUAAAAUCAGUAUUAGGUUUGACAUGAAAGAAUGUCUUAACACUACCAAGGAAAGUCCCCUUUUUGUGUGUAUCUUGAACAAAGUUAUCAUAUUCAACCAAAUAAGUGCAUGCGUAAAGUACAACAAGCCCAUUUUUUUAUCAUUUGAUAUCAAACUUCAUUAUUUAAUCUAAUUUCCCUGAACAGCACCAUACGCUCAUAUUCCAGUCUCAAUAAUAAUAGAUUUCAGGAUAUUAUCUUUUGCAAGCAAAAAUAAAUAAAUAAAUAGUGACGAUGAUGUCAGAUCAUGAAAUUUUAAAUAUCAGUUACCCCCCACUCUCUGAACCCCUCUUGAUCACAGCUAUACCUAAUGGUAUUUUUCUGCUCCUACCCCCGCCUGAAUCAUUGCCUGGACAGUUUAAUGUCAUUCCAUUUUACUGUCUUACUCAAUGAGCUUAUUUCGAAUAACACAAUUCUUUACCCGACAUUUUUUUAUUAAAUGGGUGUACAUUUGGUUGUAAAUGGUAUCAGUCACAUUGAAAUAUGUGAUAUAUAAAUAAAAAUAUUUUGAUCAUGUAGUGCAUAUAGAUAUACUAAAUAUUUGUGCCAAUUAGGAACAUCUUAACAUUUGUUGUUGGUUUUUUUUUGUGUAAUUUGUUGUUGUAAUUAUUGAUUUAAUCUUUUUUUAAGUUGCAUUUUUGUAUUUUUAUUGCUCAAAGUAAGAGAAUUAUUUAUAAAACUAUCUCAGCAUUAUAAUACAAAUCUAGCUUUAAAUUAUCGAUCAAUUAGAUAUAUCUUGCUUUAGAGUAGAUUGGGAGUAUAUUUAUAACACAUAUACUAAUGGAAGAAGAAUUACUAACUUCUUCUGGUGAGGUUAUAAAGAGUAUUAUGCUCGUAUCUCAAAAUUUUCAGCAUGACCAAAAUAAAUUAGUAAUUGUACUUCCAUAAGUAUGUGUUAUAGUUGAUUGCUCCAUUUUGGAUAUUGGUCUAAUAUUGAUACACAUACAUUUUAUGUGGGAAUAUAUUCUCGUCAACCACAUUCAUUAUGGCUAUCUUAGAACUAGAACUCUUAUUGAUAUUUAAGCAAUAAUUUUCCAGAAAGUUACUUACUGUGCUCUCUACAUGUCAGAGGUCUUGUUCGAUAAGGAACAGAUUUAUUGCCCAGUCAGAGAAACUUUGGUGACAGUAUUUUCGAAUAAUUUUUUCUUAUAACAUACUUUAGCCUUCUUGCCUCCAAUGGAUUAUUCGAUAAGGAGCUGAUUUAUUGCCCAGUCACAGAAACUUUGGUGACAGUAUUUUGGAAUAAUUUUACCUCACAACAUACAUUAACCUUCUUGCCACCCUUCAAACUGCUGCUUGUGGGCAUAUAUUUGUUGACUGACAACAUUGUUUAUCAAUUUAACCACAUUAAUUUUCAGUCCUAAACCCAACUUGAUUCAUUUGGUUAUGCAAGAUUUAUAUAUUAUGUAAGCUUAUAUUUUACAAUAUUUGAAAUUAUUAGUUAUUUUGCUAGAAAAUAAGAGUAAUUGACUUCUGCUAGUAAUAAAUGAGUUAAUAAUUAUGUUGUACAUGUAUUUGUUGAUGUGCCUUAUUAUUAACUGAUAGGACAGCUGGUUUGUCUAUUGAAGUUUACAAUUCUAGAUUAUAAUUUAUUGUAAUUGAAUAGUGCAUAAUUAUAGUAUUGUGAUUUGUGAUGACAAUGAAAUAAACCUGAUAUUGGUAUCCCUCGCCGUUUUAUGUAAUGUUUGGCAACGGUACUGGGUAUUUGACUAAGUCAUUAGAUAUUUCACCCUUUUAAUUUGAUUUAUUUGUGAUGAAUAUAUGGUAUGUAAAUUUUGGUCUUUGUGAUUUAUAAUGCUUUAUAUUAGGGCAUUACAGCAAUGGUUUACAUGUAUGGCCUAUUACUGAUGUUAAAAAUGCUUUGUUUGGAUUUAAUUAUGCAUGUAAUAUUUAGAACUGCUCUUGGGGCAAACGUCUAAUUAUUAAUUAUUCAAGAAAAUUAAUAGCAAAUUGUGUAGGUUAGAUACAAUCUGAUUAAAAUACAGAUCUAUAUUUCGUAUUGUUUUUUUUUAAUACUUUCGAUGGCUUACACUUCAUGACGAUCUGACGGGCUUUAGUGGAAUGUUGAGUCAUACGAACGGCUUUGACCCUAUUACAUCACACGUUUGAUUAAUCAAUCAGCGUUGAUGUUUCUAGUGGGAUAUCCACAGUUCUGUGCACCACACGCCAAGAACUCGCCGUAACAGAAAGUUUCAUUGGCUAAUCCCGUACAUCAACUAGAACGAGGGUUAUAUAACAACUCUUCCAGAUCCUAGUGUAGUAAAGACAAGUAAAACGAAAUUCUGAACUAUAAAAAACAAAACGAAGUUGUAUCUGUGUUUUAAUCAGAUUAGGUUAGAGUGAAAUUAAUAAAUUUACUAUAGUUUAACUGUAAACAGAUAUUUAAAGAAAGAAUUUUUAUACGUCCACAUGUUUUCAUGUGGACGUAUUAUGCUGUCGCCCCUGUCAGUCCAGACGUCCGUCCGUCCACAAUUGUUCAUGGACACUCUACAGGUCACAAUUCUUAUCCGAUUUCGACGAAACUUGAAAUAUAGGUUUAUCCCCAAAAGAUCUCGGCUGCUUUCGAUAUUGGCAUGUAUCGGAUCGAAACUUCAUGGAUUAUGGCCCCUGUUUGUACGAAAAAUCACGUUUUUAGCUUGUGGACCCUAUAGGGGUCACAAUUUUUAUCCGAUUUUGUUGAAACUUGAAAUGUAAGUUUAUAACACAAAGAUCUCGGUUCCUUUCGAUAUUCGUGCAUAUCGGACCGUAACUUCCUGAAUUAUGGCCCCUGAUUGUACAAAAAAUCACGUUUUUAGCUUGUGGACCCUAUAGAAGUCAUAAUUUUUAUCCGAUUUAAAAAACCGUUCUAUUAUAUCACCGUUACACCCUAAGGAUGACUGAGUUCGAAUUUCGUGAAAAUCGGCCCAAAGUUGACAGACAAAAUGGCCGCCAUUCGUUCCCAAAUAGCGUAAGAAUAUGGUAUAUCAAGGUUGUUGAUCCUAUAGGGGUCACAAUUUUUAUCCGAUUUUGUUGAAACUUGAAAUGUAAGUUUAUAACCCAAAGAUCUCGGUUCCUUUCGAUAUUCGUGCAUAUCGGAUCGUAACUUCUUGACUUAUGCCCCCUGAUUGUACGAAAAAUCACGUUUUUAGCUUGUGGACCCUAUAGAAGUCAUAAUUUUUACCCGAUUUAAAAAACCGUAUUAUUAUAUUACCGUUGCACCCUAAGGACAGUUGAGUUUGAAUUUUGUGAAAAUCGCCCCAAAAUUGACAGACAAAAUGGCCGCCAUUCGUUCUCAAAUAGCAUAAAUAUAUGGUAUAUCAAGGUUGUGGACCCUAUAGAAGUCACAAUUUUUAUUUAUUGAUCUCUGUUCCUUUCGAUAUUGGCAUGUAUCGGCCUGUAACUUCAUGAAUUGUACGAAAAAUCACGUUUUUAGCUUGUGCACACUUUAUAGGUCAUAAUUUUUAUCCGAUUUAAAAUCCGUAUUAUUAUAUCACUGUUACACCCUAAGGACGGCAGAGUUCGAAUUUCGUGAAAAUCGGCCCAAACUGACAGACAAAAUGGCCACCCCUCGUUCUCAAAUAGCGUAAAAAUAUGGUAUAUCAAGGUUGUGGACCCUAUAGAGGUCACAAUUUUUAUCCGAUUUUGUUGAAACUUGAAAUGUAAGUUUAUAACACAAAGAUCUCAGUUCCUUUCGAUAUAUGCGCAUAUCGAAUUGUAAUUUCCUGAAUUACUUUCUUGUUAGCUUGUUCUCUAUCCAUCUCUCGAAAAUGUGGGCGUAUCCUGCCUGGCAGCCCGGUUAGUUAAAUCUUUUGCUUUGAAAGUCUUUAAGUAAAUCGAUACAGAUAACAGUGUAACUAAGAAUGAGGUUUUUCUGUUCUACCAGGACUCUCAUUUCAGUCAUAUUUGCCAGUCUUCACUGACUGGAAUCUAAAUUUUAGAUUUAUAGUUUUUAAAUGUAAAAUCACUUAAAAAUAUUUCUAAAUAUUUGGGUAAUGUUUAAAAUUGCCAUUCGUUUGAAAAAAAAAUUUCUUGUUAACCUUGAAUUCAAUAAAAUCAAGAAUUGACCGACUUAAAAAAUUUUGUGGGUAAAGCCCAAGGAUAUACAGUAGGCCUACUGACUGUACAGUUUUUAUGCGCCCACAUUUUCAUGUGGACGUAUAUCUUGUCAUCACCCCUGUCCGUCGGGACGUCCGUCCACAAUCUGUUUGUGGACGCCUCUACAGGUCACAAUUUUUAACCAUUUUUGCCGAAACUUGAAAUAUAGGUCUAUCUCCCUAAGAUCACGGUUCCUUUCUAUAUUGGCAUGUAUCGGACCAUAACUUCAUAAAUUGUGGCCCCUGAUUGUACGAAAAAUCACAGUUUUAGAUUGUGAACACUCUAAAGGUUACAAUUUUCAUCUGAUUUAAAAAAAACGUGUGAAUAUAUCACUGUUACGUCCUAAUGAUGGUUGAGUUCGAAUUUCGUGAAAACUGUCGAACAACAUGGCUGCCCCUUAUACGCAAAUAUCAAGGUUGUGGACCCUCUAGAGGCCACAAUUUUUAUCCAGUUUUGAUGAAACUUUAAAUUUAUGUUUAUCACAAAGAUCGUGGUUCCUUUUGAUAAUCCUGUAUAUCCGAACGUAACUUCCUGGAUUAUGGCCCCUGAUUGUGUGAAAAAUCACGUUUUUUGCUUGUGGACCUGCUAAAAAUCACAAUUUGUAUUCAAUUUUAAAAACCGGUUAAAUAUAUCAUUGUUACACAUCAAUGAAGGUUGAGUUUGAAUUUCUUAAAAAUCUGACCGAAAUUGCCAGACAAAAUGGACGCAAAUAGUGUAAAAGUAUGUCAAAUCAAGGUUGUGGACCCCCUAGAAGUCACAAUUGUUAUCAGAUUUUGGUGAAACUUAAAAUAUAUGUUUAUGUCCCAGAGAUCUUAGAUCCUUUCGCUAUUUGUGCAUAUCGGACCGUAACUUCCUGGAUUAUGGCCCCGAUUUUAAAAAUCGUUUAAUUAUAUCACCAUUCCACCAUAAUGAAGGUUGAAUUCGAAUUUCGGGAAAAUCGAAAUGAAACUGCUUGACAAAUUGGCUGGUCUUUGUACGCAAAUUGUGUAAAAGUAUGUAAUACGAAGGUUAUGGCCCUUUAGAGGUCACAAUUUUUAUUCAAUUUUGAUGAAACUUAAAAUAUAUCUUUAUAUCCCAAAGAUUCAUUCCCUUUUGAUAUUUGCGCAUUUCAGACCAUAACUUUCUGGAUUAUGGCCCCUGAUUGUUCAAAAAAUCGCUUUUGUUUUUAGCUUGUUCUCUAUCCAUCUCUUGCAAAAUGUGGGCGUAUCUUGUUGAAUUACUAUGUUUGAGAAUAGGCUAUACAGUACUUAUUGCACAAUAUUUGAAUUACUAUGUUUUGAAUAAUUAGUUAUUAGUAUAAAACAAUUAGCCUAAGUAUUAGUUCCUAUUUCUUACUGAACAAUAAAUGAGUAUCGGUACCCCCAUAGUAUAUAGCCCGGUUGGUUAUGACGUGCCAUAAAACAACAUUUCAUUCAUUCAUUCACGCCCAUAGUAAAGUAGUAUCUAGGUGUUCCUGAAAAAGGAAGCCUACUGGCAAUAGCCUCAAAAAUAAUUAAUGCACCACUUUAAACUUUUCAACUGCAUGUUCCUUGUUUAUGACUUGUCGAAUAAGCGCUCAAGCUAGAAAAAAUGCAAAAAUAACAUGUGAAUGUUUAUUUAAAGUAUCUCUGGGCAUAUACAUACAUGUAUACCCUGUCCAUUAAUUCACAAUAAGAGAAAAUUGUACCAAAGCUAUUAUUACCAGCAUUAUUAUUUUGAGAUUAUUACAUUUUCCUGCUGACAAAAAGAAUAUUUCAUCACUUGGGAGACCUUUGAUGGCAGGGUGUUUCCACCUUCCCCACUCUUGGCUAUAAAUCUUAGGGUAAUUGUGUUGAUCUUUGUCAUCAUUUAUAACCAUUUGGACUACAUUUUAAAAAAAAAAUGGAAAGAAAUCAUGUAUGAUUGAACAAAAAUAAAGGAAAUGGAAAUUCUGUUUUA